CAAAUGAACAUUACUGAUCUUGCACCCUAUUCUGAUCCCUCAGCUGGUCGAAAAGCCUACAAUCUCUCUCCUCCUCCUCUCUCAUCAGCUAAAGCUAUUAGCCUACAAUACUAACCCCAAGCUUCAAGAUAUACUCGUACUAUUUUAGAACAACACAUAAAAAUCUCGCGGAAUUUUGUGCCGAUUCAUAUAAGAUAUUCUUUUCUACAAAAUAUAUAGUUUAGAGGGCUGAUGUAUUAAUUUUUCUGGUUUUUGAGGUUGUUUUUAUGGUGUUAAGUGUGGGAUUUUCGGGAUUUUAUGUUGAUUGCUUGUGGGGUUUGGAGAUGUGAGAUCUGGUCUGAAAAAAGCGUGUAAAGAAAUGGCUGCUUCUGAGGUUUCGAAUAUAGGUUACACGGAGCCUGUGAUGGCGGAAAAUGGAAUUUCAGGUAUCGGGAAUGUGGAUGUUGAUAUGGCGCUGUAUACGGAGCUAUGGAAGGCAUGUGCUGGUCCUUUAGUUACCGUACCUCGUGCAAAUGAGCUUGUUUUCUAUUUCCCUCAGGGUCACAUAGAACAGGUUGAGGCAUCGACUAAUCAAAGUGCAGACCAGCAGAUGCCCGUGUAUAAUCUUCCUUCUAAGAUCCUUUGCCGCGUGGUUAAUGUUUUACUGAAGGCUGAACCAGACACAGAUGAGGUUUUUGCGCAUGUGAUUUUGAUGCCGGAACCUAAUCAAGAUGAGAAUGCAGUAAAGAAGGAACCUUUGCCUCCUCCACCUCCACGUUUUCAUGUUCAUUCUUUCUGCAAGACUCUAACUGCCUCAGAUACAAGCACUCAUGGUGGAUUCUCGGUUCUGAGAAGGCAUGCUGAUGAAUGUCUACCUCCACUGGACAUGUCACGUCAACCUCCAACCCAGGAAUUAGUAGCCAAAGAUUUGCAUGGAAACGAGUGGAGAUUUCGGCAUAUUUUUCGUGGUCAACCACGGAGGCACCUCCUACAGAGUGGUUGGAGUGUUUUUGUCAGUUCUAAGAGGCUUGUUGCUGGGGAUGCUUUCAUAUUUCUAAGAGGUGAGAAUGGGGAGCUGCGUGUUGGAGUUAGGCGUGCUAUGAGACAACAAGGAAAUGCUCCAUCAUCAGUCAUAUCAAGCCAUAGCAUGCAUCUUGGUGUACUGGCAACAGCUUUGCAUGCCAUUCAGACAAAAACAAUAUUCACAGUAUACUACAAGCCUAGGACAAGCCCAUCCGAGUUCAUUGUCCCUUACGAUCAAUACAUGGAGUCUGUGAAAAACAAUUAUUCAAUAGGAAUGAGGUUUAAAAUGAGAUUUGAAGGUGAAGAAGCUCCAGAGCAAAGGUUUACUGGAACAAUUGUUGGUAAUGAAGAUUCUGAUUCGAGAAGGUGGCCACAAUCGAAAUGGAGAUGUCUAAAGGUGCGAUGGGAUGAAACAUCCACAAUUUCUCGACCAGAGAGGGUUUCCCCUUGGGAAAUAGAACCUUCUAUUUCACCUUCUGCCCUUAAUCCACUUCCUGGGCCUAGACCAAAAAGGACUCGAUCAAAUGCCUUGCCAGUUUCACCAGACUCUUCUGUCCUUAUCAGGGAAGGUUCGUCUAAGAUGACAGUAGACCCUCCAUCAGCCAAUGGCUUUCCAAGGGUCUUGCAAGGUCAAGAAUUGCUGACCUUGAAAGGAGCUUUUGCAGAAAGCAAUGAGUCAGAUUCUUCUGAAAAACCAAUGUUAUGGCCACCUUCAUUAGAUGAUGAAAAGAUUGAGCUUGUUCCCUCUUCAAGAAGAUAUGGGUCAGAUAAGUGGCCACCUUUAGGAAGGCGAGAGUCGUCAUUCACAGAUCUUUUAACAGGUUUUGGAUCGCAAAAUAAAUUAUCUCAUGAGUUCUGUGAUAAUGAAGUUUCAAAGCGACAAAUACAAGAGCGUGAAGGGAAGUUCAGCUUAAUUGGGAAUGCAUGGUCUAUGAUGCCUUCUGGUCUCUCGCUUAAUUUGAUGGAUGCUGGUAAGAAAACUCAUGGACAAGGCCCCAAUGCUUCCUAUCAUACACGAGGGGAUAUUAGAUACAGUGGUGGAUUUAGAGAUUCAAUGCUUCCUGAUCAUAGAGAUGGCAAUCAGCAUGUAAAUCGGUUGAUGCCUCCACCUAAUUCACCGUGCCUUCAAAUGCCGCCUGGUCAUUCAAGAGAACUGCAGCCGAAUUCUGUAUUUGCGCAAGAUGACAACAAGAAACCCAAGGAAGGUAACUGCAAGAUCUUUGGCGUUCCUCUUAAAAGUGGCUCUGUUCCAACGGAGUUGGGGGACUUAAAAAGAAUCAUCCCACUUGUCAUUUUUCACAAGGAUUUUAGAGCUUUGAUAGAAGAAGAGGUGUCCUCCUUCGACGACUAUUCCUUGGGCUACCUGGAGGCAGCGCCAACGGCAGCACUGCCGCCGGCCUAUCGCAGCAGUGCGGCUACUGUAGAACAGCAGCAGCGCCCGGCGCUACUGCUUUGGGCGCCGGCCUAUUGUGCUGGCAGCGCUACUAAAGGAGAAGAAAGAAAGAAUAUUUAG